AUGGAUGGGGAUGGGGAUGUUGAUGUUGGUGGGGGCGAUGGUGAUGAUGGGCGGUGUAAAACUGAUGUUGGUGCGUCGAGGCGAAUUUGGGGCCGUCCACGAACUGAAGGAACGGGUCGUGGGCGUCCGGGGGCGCUGCCUCCGCCUCGGGCGGGCUGGGGACUGCUCCGCCCGCUGCGCGCUCAGGGUGGGCGGGUCCGGAUAAUGGACACGCUCCAACACAGGCGGCACGUAGUCAUACGUAGGGUCGUUUUUGAGAGGGUCUCUGCGACCCAGCGGCGUCCAUUCGUCAUAGUCCAUUCGCGGGGAGAACAAGCCGCGAGACUCCUUGUCGGGAGAGGCGUCAGCCGGUUCUGCAACACAAGGCAACAGGUCAGGCCUUCAUACAAACGACAUGUCCAUACUGGUCUGUGCAGGGUUUUAUGCGAAUCCAUUAGCUAG